CUUGACAUCCACUGAUGUAAUUAAAUGUGAAGACCAAUUGAUAUUAAUGUCGGCUAAAAUGAUUUUAAUUGUAAUUCUCCCCUUUCUAAAUUUUUUGCUUUCAAAUUUCCGAUAUACGUGCUAACCCAAAAGGCGUCAAUUUACAAGAGAUAAAAGACAACCGGACUUCAAUUCUGCUCUUUGCAAUAAGUAUKGUAAGUUAGCGUUUUCUUUAUCCCUCAUUAUCUAAUUAUUUUUCACUUAGCGCCUAGUUCCUAGCCCAUUAGAUAUAGUACCAGACUGUUUUCAUCUUAUAAGCAAUAAUGUCGUUUUCUUCUAGUGAAAUAAUCAAGUUGGUAUACUUUUCUAGCGCAGUCUUGGUUAAAUUUCGUGAGUCUAUGUGAUUGUUGGUGCUAAGAUUUAAAUAAAUUCACUAAUCAAGUCGAUAGGGACUCUUUUAAAUCGAAUUAAUCAAAUUAAAUCAAUACCUUAAUUUUUUYAGGUUUCAAAGUUGUAUUAUUUUCUUUAGAAAAGACAGUUUUUUUGUGAGGAACUUACUUGCGUGCCGUCAAAAAGUGGCAAACCUGGUCUUAAAAUAACUUUAAGCCGUUGUUUUUCGGCAUUUAUUGGAACUCAUAAUUAUUUCAUUGAGCAAAAUUAGUGGCAUUUUCCAUUUAACAUAGGCUCCUAGCUUUUGAAGUUUGAUAUGUAAGGAUACUAAUAAUUCUAAUGCAGAUAUACCAAGAAUUCUUGAAAGUAAAAACCUGAUGGAACAGUGAAUUAAACUUCACAAAAUACCUCGCUCAUUUAAAAAAARGUUCUUUUUUUUCAAAAAGCUGUUAAAAACGCAAUAUUUUAUUAAUAAUUGUCGUGAAAUAUAGCUUGCUUUUCAUUAGGGGAUGGUAUACAUUUCUUGUUUAAACGGCGGAAAUKUGCUCCCUCRACUUAUUGAUUUGUCAAACGACUUUCGUCUAGGACUAUUUAAACAUAAAGUUCCAAUGAAAUUCCACGCAAAAGCUUAAUGAAAAUGAUAUUUUGACAAGUUUAUGCACUUCACAUUAUCGGUAACGGAUAGACAGCUGGUSGUGACAGGUUAGCCACGUAAAGCUUCGACACGGCGAACCAAAUUACAACCCGGCACUUUGAUUAGAUAUUGGUGUCAAGCAAAUAACCUCCAACGAGAUUGUAUUUAUUGGAAAACUGCUUGUCAAGUCUUUUUAUUGUGUGUGUUUACAAGCAUUUCAUCGAUCGAGUCAAGCUAUACAUACAAUCGAGUGAUGACCAAAUCUUCAAGACGUCRCAUCUCUUUGUAAACGCUUAGAAAUUGAGGCCUUCGAGGUUCRUGUAURYUYGGUMUUUGAGCAGCUGAAUUGCCCGUUCGAUUCGUGCUAGAUUGACUCAAUUACAGAGCUGUAAGCGAAUGGAACAAUGCCGGCAGUUACUUCCAUCCCUGUCAGGGCUUCAUUGAUUGGUAGACGGGGCUCUAAUUUUCUCUCAACAAGCGCUGCUCCCUUAGGUUUAUGCASUGAUCAAAACAUUCCCCAAUAAAAAAUUCUUUAUUUCAUCAUUUAUAGAUAGAACAAAUAURAAAAUAAAAAUUCAGGAACUGUAAAUUUGACUUCAUUUUGAAAUCAUUAACAACURAAAAACGUCGGAUGAAAAACCAUUUCACUUUUUCAAGUAAAUUAUUUCUUUUAUGACAUAAUCGAAAGGUAAUUAUAUCGAGAAUUUGAGCGAAAAGAAAAUCUCAAUAUUCCCGAUGCAAAUGUGUAUCUCAAAUACGUAAUUUACGCUGAGGCUGGCAUUUGAAGUAAUUUUCCAGCGAUUUGAUUUCAAAGACUGGCUAUAAUAGGUCCAAUGCGGGAGUUAGGUUAUCAAAUUGUAUCUAGAACCCCAAUGUUUGCGUUAGAUGUAACAAGCUUGAUAUAGUGUUUAGGGAAUUCAGAACGACAGAUGGYGCGUUCCCAGAUGAUGAGGCAGGGAAAAAAAAUAAAAAAACUUCAAAUCGGAAACCAGAGGUAAUUUGAUUUUAUAAUGUAUUAGAAUUCCUUUAUUUUGAGCUCCUAUUCAAAGGGAGCUAAGAAAACUAAGUCACUUUAAAGAAAACUUGAUAUUUCGAGUGAAGAAACAGCGAGCCACCCGGCUCCACCCUUUGUCGUUGUCGCGAAUACCAAAAUCAUCGAAGACACUUAACUAACAUCUCCCCUAUUGCGAGGUUAAAUGCAAAACCAAACAUGAUUGAAAAACAUCGUUUAGAAACAGUUCCUUUUCCAUUUAGGUUUAUUUCCUCUAAGCUAAGUCUACUAUAAUGUUUGAAUUUUAGAAUUCGCGCCAUCCCCGCUUGUUAAAGCCGAGAAGAAUUCGAUAAAUCCCUUUGCAGAGUCCGUAGUUGAAAUUUGUGUUUAAUUUUUCGUACUUUUUGAUCUGACUUUUUUGCCAAAUCUAUUGAAUACUAUUAUGUCUAGCCAGUUUAUUUYAACUCAAUUCAAUUCUAUAUUGUCAAAGAAAUUGAAGAUAUGAAAGUCAAGAAAAAAAGAAAAAAAAUGCGUGAUUUGAGGUUAAGAGUUUCUUUCAAAGCCCUAGAAAAGAGGUACUACCUUUUAUCAAAUGAUAUGAUCUAUAUUCUCGAGAUGAAAUUGUUUCAAUGCUGUAAGAAAGCCCGUUUAUGCUCAAAGAUUAACUGGUCCUAAAAACAUUCUCUCUGCUUCGAGAUCUUUCCUCGCCAGUUUUCAUUCAUUAAUUCGAUUUCAACGCAAUCCAGAAUCCAAUCUAAAAAAAACUCGUUCGAUGAAAGUCUAGGCGUCGAAUCCAACAACAUAAAGUCAAAACCUUUAGUAUUUUUUAAUAUAUAUUUUCAAUCUUCGAUGAUUCAUCGUUCAGUGGGCAUAACUAGCUCAAUAAUUACACUAGAUGACUCAMAAAUAUCUCACGGUCAGCUCAAUAAGAAGCGCAUUUACGAAAUGCUGUUUUGAUUUUCGUCAUGUAGAUUUUAAAGAUCCUUAAGUUUAGGAAUGAGCUUCAAUUUCCGGGCUGCGAGCGAGAAUUCCUCUAAUGCGGGAUAGCUCCAAACGGUCAUAAUUGAAGUCAUUCUCUUACUACUAUUAUCGUCAACAAAGCGAGUUUAACUUUAAAUUAGCGAGGAGUUCCAACUCCUGUUCGCGUUACACUGCUAAUUYCAAUCCAUUUAAUCCCGAAAUCCCCGUACAAAAGUGUGUACAAUGAAAUUGUACGCCAUUCUUGAACUYUGUAGAAAAUGAGUGUUUGUGUUUGUUAAGUCCCUAUGAGUUUGYAAUCAAGUUGUGAUUUGAGUUUCCUAAUGCUUCGCUCAUCCUUAAACAACUUUAUUGAUAACUGAAAGGGYUCUGACUAGGCAAUAAAGCCUUGCCAUUGUUUAAACCUAAUCGAUUCUACUUGAACURUACUGAUCAAGCUGAAUUUGAUCGCACGGAGUAKCAGUGUUGAUGGCCUAUCGGAAUGAAUUGACACUAUUGCUCGCCAAGGCUCUCUUUUGUUUUCCAAAAUGCUUUAAACUUUCUKCCUAAUSUAACWCUAGGUCAUUUGUAUUUGAUUCUGUACUUUGGGYUUUUGAUAUCUUCGAAAACACUUCUUAAUUAUUAAACAUAGGUUCAGCCAACGAAAGAAGGCUAUGCAAGUGAAGUCAUUAAUGUGUAAUAUAGUGAUGGUUUYARCCAUAUGUUCCGUUCCAUUGUUGUACAAGGCUCAGAUUUAAAAGAAAACACAAUGCAAAGUUAUUUUUUUGUUCCCGAAAAUCGUUUGAUCUUUUUGGCAUGUUAAACAAUCCGAUCAGCCUUUUUUUUAAUGUGAAAUAACGAGUUUUUAAGUACAGUUGUCUCUCUUUUUUUUCACAAGGCGUUAUGGCGAAUUAUUUGUAUGCUGUCGUCGCUUUUCGAAUAUAUCUCUGUAACUCAUUUAAGUUGUUGCGUGAAUUACCCUUCAGAGCUUCUAAUACGCUGUUUACAUUUUCAUAAAACAAUUCGUUCUAAUUCGGUGUGUAUCAGCUGUUCGUAGCACAGAAUCCUUAUCAACGAACUUUGAAUUAGCUUAUCACAACACACUUUCAUAGUUUGUCAACAGAAUCGCAAGAAAAUCAMCUAUUUGUUUUUUGGUUUUCACUUAAAGGUGUUGCARCUCAAUUUCUUUUGCAGACCAKCCUGGUAKUAUUAUCUUCGUGUUUCCGGGUAGCUCUCUGGUCUUUCAAGGCUCUAAUACUUUUAAUUAGACAAGGCMUCAUUAGUUAAACACAAAACAAUGCAUUGUAAUAUCAUUAUACAGCCGCUAGUAUAUAAUGAGAUGUCACCGAGAAUAUCCCUCAGUAUCGGCUCAGAAUAGAAACUUGGAUAUCGCAGGCCCGCACAUCGCCUAACUASAACYACACUAACCAAGUUUUACCAGAAUGCAUGCUUAUGACAAUACACAGUCUUCCUUCAUUAAUACCAUGUAUAGACCGAAUUCUUCGCUUUCUACCAACUCGCAGCAGAGCUACAGUAGCUACAAGAACCCGACUGACUAUCCCGUUGCAGUGAGACUUGAUUCUCAUCCACUACAUAGUCUUUCGGCGUACAAUUCAAGCGCAUUGUCGUUCUACCCUUGCGCCUCAAGCCAUCGAUACGUCCACGAUUUUAACUGCGGCUACACGAGCUCUUUACAUGGAGGAUUUGUUGCUUGUCGAAGACCGAAAAGAAUCCGUACCGCUUUCACUCCGACACAACUCCUACAUUUAGAGAACGCUUUUGACAAGAACCACUACAUCGUCGGAACAGAGAGAAAGCAGCUCGCUUCUUAUCUGAAUUUAUCGGAGACCCAGAUUAAAGUUUGGUUUCAGAACAGACGAACAAAGUACAAGAGACAGCAAGCCGAAGAAAAGGCGGCUUCGCAACAAGCGUCGAACACUUCGGAUUCUGAAUGCCACACCUCGAAUUCACAGCAGCACUCGACUUCACAUUCGCAACAAGACGACAACGAUACAACCAAUGCAAGGUCUUUGUAAAGUAAACGCUGUCAAGAUAAGAACUUCAUUGUACAUUUUUUUGUAAAAAGGCAAAAAAUAUUCCGAUAAAUUAGUGAACAAUAGUUAACCGACACGUAAAGCGGUAUGUUCUUGACACUUUUCAGAUUUCAAAAAAGCCGAAUAGCUACAGUUCCUAAACCAUAGUCAAAAAAAUGGUUAUUUUCUCCAAAGAUUAUGUAAAAAGUACAUGAUUUUCUCGCUCUAACAGCAGUUUGGAUUCAUAAUCACUGUAAACUUGUAGUUUUUGACGAAUAUACACUUUAAUUUGAUUCAUUUAUCGAAUUGUAACCAACUCUGCUUACUUAGUUGCACAGGUCAAAUCACUAACACAAAAUUAAGUAUAUAUCAAAAAGAACUUAAAAAGUAGUUUAAGUAAAUAAAAAAGUGGUCUCAAAAUGA